GCGAGCCGUGCGGCGCCAGGCCAUCCGCCACCCCACCCGCAUCGACAAGGACAAGGGGCCCACCAAGGCCACGACCACCAAGCUGGUGUACCACAUCUUCGACACCUUCUUCUCGGAGCAGAUCGAGAAGGACGAGCGGGAGGAGGACAAGGAGAACUCCACGAAGCGCCGGCGCUGCGGCGUCUGCGAGGUGUGCCAACAGCCCGAGUGUGGCAAGUGCAAGGCCUGCCAGAACAUGGUGAAGUUCGGGGGCAGCGGGAGGAGCAAACAGGCCUGUCUGCAGAGGAGGUGCCCCAACCUGGCCGUGCGGGAGGCGGACGAGGACGAGGAGGUGGACGACAACAUCCCCGAGAUGCCGUCGCCCAAGAAGAUGCUCCAGGGCAGGAAGAAGAAGCAGAACAAGAGUCGGAUCUCGUGGGUGGGGGAGCCCAUCAAGAGCGACGGGAAGAAGGAUUACUACCAGCGGGUCUGCAUCGACAACGAGACCCUGGAGGUGGGAGACUGCGUGUCCGUGAGCCCCGACGACCCCACCAAGCCCCUCUACCUGGCCAG